CUUGCCCCCAGAGCGCUGCCCAGGACCAGCCAGCAUGGACAAGACGGAGCUGAUCCAGAAGGCCAAGCUGGCCGAGCAGGCCGAGCGCUAUGAUGAUAUGGCCACCUGCAUGAAGGCGGUGACGGAGCAGGGCGCGGAGCUGUCCAACGAAGAGCGCAACCUCCUCUCCGUGGCCUACAAGAACGUGGUGGGCGGGCGGCGCUCUGCCUGGAGGGUCAUCUCCAGCAUCGAGCAGAAGACAGACACCAGCGACAAGAAGAUGCAGCUCAUCAAGGACUACCGGGAGAAGGUGGAGUCUGAGCUCAGGUCCAUCUGCACCACCGUGCUGGAGCUGUUGGACAAGUACCUCAUAGCCAACGCAACCAACCCCGAGAGCAAGGUCUUCUACCUGAAGAUGAAGGGAGACUACUUCCGGUACCUGGCCGAGGUGGCCUGCGGGGACGACCGGAAACAGACAAUAGAGAACUCACAGGGAGCCUACCAGGAGGCCUUUGACAUCAGCAAGAAGGAGAUGCAGCCCACACACCCCAUCCGCCUGGGGCUGGCCCUCAACUUCUCUGUCUUCUACUAUGAGAUCCUCAACAACCCCGAGCUGGCCUGCACGCUGGCCAAGACAGCGUUCGACGAGGCCAUCGCAGAGCUGGAUACACUGAACGAAGACUCCUACAAAGACAGCACCCUCAUCAUGCAGCUGCUUAGGGACAACCUCACAUUAUGGACAUCAGACAGUGCAGGAGAAGAAUGUGAUGCUGCAGAAGGUGCAGAGAACUAAAGCUGCACGUGGGGCAUCAUCUCCCCUCCCCUGCCCCUCCUCCAGAAACCUUUUUACACGUCUCCAUUCCUUCUAGCUCCACUGGGAUUUCCUAUAGCAAAGAAAACAAGGAACAAAACCCAUUCAUGUGUAUGGAAAAUCAAUUUAUAGUCUUUUCACACUGCAGCUUUGGGAAAACAAAACAAAACAAAACUCCAUUCCUUGAUUUGUGGUUUUUGGUUUGGUCUUUUUUUGGGUUUCUUUUUUUUGGUCCUGGCCUUCCUGGUGUGCAGUUACUGCUGUAGAAAAGUAUUGAUAGCUUCAUUUCACAUCAGCCCCUUCCAAAGCCUUCUGUAGAGGACUCUCAAGUGUUCCUGCUAGUGAGAAAACCCAAACCUGAUCCAGUCCCUGGCACUGGGCUGUGCUUUGUAUUCCAGUGAGGUGUGGCAAUGUAGUGCAUUGCAGCUCCAGAGUGUUUCCACCUAGCUUCUCGUCCUCCACAUCCCCUCCCUGCUCCCCAGGGUUCCCACCCUUGGCUCCCCCCUGGCUCCUGUGUGCUGUGUCAGUAGGGAUGUGGAAGCACUGGGCCAGCAUUUCCACUUUGGAGAACCAGCAGCUGAGUUGCUUCCUGCAGCACAGCAGCUUUGUGUGUUCCCAGCAGGGCCUCCUCCACCCUCCCCAGGCACAGCUCCCUCCCUCCUGCCCCUGUGGCCUUGCCUAGGUGUUAGCAGCAGCCUGCUGUGUGCUGGGGGGGCAGGCUAGGGAGUGCAUGGCAGCUCUUCAGGACUGGAGUGGCAACCCCCAAAUGGAAUUCACAGGGCCAAGUCUCCCAAGGUUGGGGUUCUGGGGUUGGUUUUCUUUAGUACUUUUCCCUGCAGGUUUGUGCACAUGUGAGGAGGUGCCCAAGUUUGUCCAGUGAUCGUUCCUUAGAGAGUUUGGACCACUAUUGUGUGUUGCUAAUCAUUGAUUGUAGUCCCAAAAAAGCCUUGUGAAAAAUGUUCUGCCCUCUGUAACAGCAAAGUUAACAUUAAAUAAAAUUACAUUUUAU